AUGCACUCACCUCCUAGAGAACAGCCUGCCAUCAUGCUCUGGAAACUGGUUGAAAAUGUCAAGUAUGAAGACAUCUAUGAGAUGUUAGUCCACACCUAUUCCGCCAUGGACCGGCAUGAUGGAGUGCCCAGCCACAGUUCCAGGCUGUCCCAGCUGGGAUCCGUCUCCCAGGGACCCUACUCCAGCGCUCCUCCGCUCUCUCACACCCCAUCCUCGGAUUUCCAGCCGCCUUAUUUCCCACCCCCCUACCAGCCUCUUCCUUACCACCAAAGCCAGGACCCUUACUCCCAUGUCAAUGACCCCUACUCCCUAAACCCCUUGCAUCAACCCCAGCAGCACCCCUGGGGACAGAGGCAGAGGCAAGAGGUGGGAUCAGAAACCGGGUCACUGCUGCCACAGCCUCGGGCCGCCCUGCCCCAGCUCUCAGGACUGGACCCCAGGCGGGACUACCACUCAGUAAGGAGGCCAGAUGUCCUUCUACACUCAGCUCACCAUGGCCUUGACUCCGGCAUGGGGGACAGCCUUUCCCUGCAUGGCAUCGGACACCCAGGGAUGGAGGAGGUCCAGUCAGUUGAAGAUGCCAAUAACAGCGGUAUGAACUUAUUGGACCAGUCUGUCAUAAAAAAAGUUCCGGUUCCUCCAAAAUCUGUUACUUCUUUGAUGAUGAAUAAAGAUGGCUUCCUGGGUGGAAUUUCAGUCAAUACCGGAGAGGUGUUUUGCUCUGUACCUGGCCGCUUGUCUUUGCUUAGUUCAACUUCAAAGUAUAAAGUAACUGUGGGAGAAGUUCAAAGACGCCUUUCUCCUCCCGAGUGUCUGAAUGCAUCCCUCCUAGGAGGAGUACUUAGAAGAGCCAAAUCGAAAAACGGGGGGAGAUCUUUGCGAGAAAGGCUAGAAAAAAUCGGUUUGAAUUUACCAGCCGGCAGGCGUAAGGCCGCAAAUGUCACUUUACUCACCUCCCUGGUGGAAGGUGAAGCCGUUCAUUUAGCUCGGGAUUUUGGGUACAUCUGUGAAACGGAGUUUCCAGCCAAAGCUGUUUCUGAAUACCUGAACCGACAGCACACAGACCCCAGCGACCUCCACUCCAGGAAAAACAUGCUGCUUGCUACGAAGCAACUUUGUAAAGAAUUUACAGAUCUCUUGGCCCAGGACAGGACGCCCAUUGGAAACAGUCGGCCCACCCCUAUUUUGGAACCAGGCAUUCAGAGCUGCUUGACUCAUUUCAGCCUCAUCACUCACGGCUUUGGGGCCCCCGCUAUCUGUGCUGCCCUCACAGCCCUUCAAAACUACCUGACUGAAGCUCUCAAAGGCAUGGACAAGAUGUUCUUGAACAACAACACUGCUAACAGGCACACAUCUGGCGAAGGACCAGGUAGUAAAACUGGAGACAAGGAAGAGAAACACAGAAAAUGA